CGGAGCGGCAGCCAUGCAACCGCUUCAAAACCCGUUCUUGUUUGUUGUACAGAUUCUGGCGUUCCUCGGCACGUGGCAGCCCUUGGAUUCCUUUUGCGAAGCUAUCGUCCUGCCUCUAUCACCAUGUUACGUCAGAGGUCAACACUAUGGCGGAAACGCCACAUCAUCAACCCUUGAAACGGCGUACAUCGUGCCCCGACUUGGCUGGCCAUUCCCAUCGCCUACGACACCAGUCAGCCGGACGUACUUAAGAGCGACGCUUUCAUCGGGCCACUUCAGUGGGCUGGACGGAGCGGCAGCCAUGCAACUGCUUCAAAACCCGUUCUUGUUUGUUGUACAGAUUCUGGCGUUCCUCGGCACGUGGCAGCCCUUGGAUUCCUUUUGCGAAGCUAUCGUCCUGCCUCUAUCACCAUGUUACGUCAGAGGUCAACACUAUGGCGGAAACGCCACAUCAUCAACCCUUGAAACGGCGUACAUCGUGCCCCGACUUGGCUGGCCAUUCCCAUCGCCUACGACACCAGUCAGCCGGACGUACUUAAGAGCGACGCUUUCAUCGGGCCACUUCAGUGGGCUGGACGGAGCGGCAGCCAUGCAACCGCUUCAAAACCCGUUCUUGUUUGUUGUACAGGUUGGUAAACACCCGUCGUUGCACGCUAAGCGAUCCAGUAAUAUCUGUCUGCUGCUCUUCCCAGGCCCACUGGUGAUUCUUUGUGAUUUCUUUGAGUGUAUAUAUGUUGUCAAAUUGCUUAUGUUAGCUGGGGAUGUGGAACAGAACCCUGGUCCUCAAAAGGAGAUUCUAGACGCCAUUGCGGCCUUGUCGGCUAAAAGUGACGCACGCCAUACCGAGGUAAUAGGGAUGCUAUCAGAGGUCCGAGCUAAUCAGCAAAAACUUGAGGAAAAAGUUUCCAGCUUAGCCAGUAGGCUCGCAACAGUUGAAUCCCUGGUGGAAUUAUAUGAAGCAAAACAGAAUGGUGCUGAUCUACCGGGAGUAGUCGAUGAAGCUGUGCGAGACCAAACUGCAGCAAUAACUUCUCGGUUGGACGAGCUGGAAGACCGCUCUCGCCGUGACAACCUUAUGUUCUACGGGAUUCCUGACGUCCCAGCUGAGAACUGGUCCGAAUCUGAAACUAAAAUUCGAAACUGCCUUACGAGUUUACUACAGAUAACUUUAAUAGACGAAGCCAUUUCCCGCGCCCACAGGCUGGGUUCCUAUGCAGUAAAUAAACACCGGCCCAUAAUCGUAAAAUUCUCGUCCUCAAAACUUAAGCAAAAGGUUUUCACUGAGCGAAAAAAAUUCAAAGGUUCUGGAAUUUCUGUUAGCGAAGACUUCUGCCGCGCCACACGCUUGUCACAGAAAAAAUUGAUUGAAUUCGGAAAGGCUAGCGGACAGAAAUAUGCGCUACGGCUCAACCGUCUACAAAUAGACAAAAAAACUUAUGUUUACUGUCCGGUAACUGAUCGUGUGUGCGAAAUCCACACAAACGAGCUUCGUUCAACACAUUCUAUCCCAAAUGCACCUUCUGAUGGCCCUAGCAAUUCGCAAACAUAG